AUGCCCCCCACCCUCGAGUCCAGAGUGAUUCGCGUUCCGCCGCCACGCCCCCUCUGCAUACUCCCGCCCCAAUGCACGCUGCGAAGCCCUCCCGUCUGUGGUCGUCUUCCCAACGGCGAUUGCCAGCGCUUCCAGAACAUAUGCACCCUCCUGGCCCUGAAUCGCCGCGGAAGCCUCCUCCAAGUGACCCACACCCGGGAGCUGGACUGUCGCGGAAUCCGCGGCGUUGGCGGCCAGUUCCGGCGACCUUGCUAUCAUGCGUGUCCCGGUCGUCCGGUGAUUUGCAAGAGGACGCCCCGCAGGGCGGAGAUCUGCGUUCGGUCGCGAAAUCUGCAUAGCUGCAAGCUGCUGGCCAACAGCUGCCAGCUGCUCAACCAGAACUGCCACGGCCGCCCAAGAAGCAACUGGCACCGCACCGAUAGACGCCACUGUGGGCAGCGACAGGUGGGCGACCAGCCCGAUGUCUGUGAAAAGCUGCCCGCUACGGACACUCCUGCCCCGCCGAGCACCCGCAGACCGCCCAUGUAG